AUGGCUGCCCCACUGUCUGAUAGCGACAAGAGGAAGCAGAUCAGCGUCAGGGGCAUCGCAGGACUCGGGGAUGUGUCCGAGGUCAGGAAGAGCUUCAACAGGCAUCUGCACUUCACCCUGGUGAAAGACAGGAACGUCUCCACCCCCAGAGACUAUUACUUUGCCCUGGCACACACUGUCAGGGACCACCUGGUGGGAAGAUGGAUCAGGACUCAGCAGUAUUACUACGAGAAGGAUCCCAAGCGUAUAUAUUACCUCUCUCUGGAAUUCUACAUGGGACGUACUCUGCAGAACACCAUGCUGAAUUUGGGUCUCCAGCAUGCUUGUGAUGAGGCUAUAUAUCAGCUGGGGCUGGACAUGGAGGAGCUGGAGGAGAUAGAAGAAGAUGCAGGUCUUGGAAAUGGUGGACUGGGACGUUUGGCAGCUUGUUUUCUUGACUCUAUGGCUACUUUGGGACUAGCCGCUUAUGGCUAUGGAAUCCGAUAUGAAUUUGGGAUAUUUAACCAAAGGCUUAUAAAUGGCUGGCAGGUUGAGGAAGCUGAUGACUGGCUGCGGUAUGGUAAUCCCUGGGAGAAGGCCCGUCCUGAGUACAUGCUUCCAGUCCAUUUCUAUGGCAAAGUAGAGCACACAUCUGAAGGGACUAAGUGGGUUGACACUCAGAUAGUCCUUGCAAUGCCUUAUGACACUCCUGUUCCUGGCUAUAAGAACAACACUGUGAACACCAUGAGGCUUUGGUCAGCCAAGGCACCAAACGAGUUUGACCUGCAGGAGUUUAAUGUCGGUGACUACAUACAAGCUGUUUUGGAUAGAAAUCUGGCUGAAAAUAUAUCCCGGGUUUUGUACCCCAACGAUAAUUUCUUUGAAGGAAAGGAGCUGCGUCUGAAGCAGGAAUACUUUGUGGUAGCCGCCACUCUGCAAGAUAUUAUCAGGCGUUUCAAGUCUUCCAAGUUUGGCUGUCGGGACCCAGUGAGAACCUGCUUUGAUACCUUACCUGAUAAGGUUGCUAUACAGCUGAAUGAUACGCAUCCUGCACUCGCUAUUCCUGAGCUCAUGAGGAUCUUUAUAGAUGUGGAAGGCAUGGAGUGGGACAAGGCCUGGGAUGUAACCAAGAGGACUUGUGCGUAUACCAACCACACCGUGCUGCCCGAGGCUCUGGAACGUUGGCCGGUCACCUUGUUUGAGAAGUUGCUGCCCCGCCAUCUGGAGAUUAUAUAUGCAAUCAAUCAAAAACACCUGGAUGAUGUGGCAGCCUUGUAUCCUGGGGAUAUGGACCGUCUGCGAAGGAUGUCCAUCAUUGAAGAAGGCGACUGUAAGAGGAUAAACAUGGCUCAUUUAUGUGUGAUUGGAUCGCAUGCUGUCAACGGUGUGGCCAAGAUCCACUCCGAGAUAGUAAAGCACACCGUCUUCAAGGAUUUCUAUGAAAUUGAACCACCUAAAUUUCAGAACAAGACAAAUGGCAUCACUCCAAGGAGGUGGCUAAUGCUUUGCAACCCUGGCUUAUCAGACAUCAUUGCCGAGAAAAUUGGUGAAGAUUUUGUGACUGACAUGAGCCAGCUGAGGAAAUUGUUGGACUUUGUAGACGAUGAGAGUUUUGUGCAUGACAUAGCAAAAGUCAAGCAGGAAAAUAAGCUGAAGUUUUCAGCCUACCUGGAAAAAGAGUACAAAAUCAAAAUUAACCCUGCAUCCUUGUUUGAUGUACAAGUCAAAAGAAUCCAUGAGUACAAGCGUCAGAUUCUGAACUGUUUACAUGUCAUCACUCUGUACAACAGAAUCAAGAAGGAUCCAUCCAAAAUAUUUGUGCCAAGGACAGUUAUGAUUGGAGGAAAGGCAGCUCCCGGUUACCAUAUGGCAAAAAUGACCAUUAAAUUAAUUACAUCUGUUGCAAACAUUGUGAACAAUGAUCCUGUAGUUGGAGACAGACUAAAGGUUAUAUACUUGGAGAACUACAGAGUGUCUCUGGCAGAGAAGGUGAUUCCUGCUUCUGACCUGUCUCAGCAGAUCUCCACAGCAGGCACUGAGGCUUCCGGUACUGGAAAUAUGAAGUUCAUGUUGAACGGAGCGCUUACCAUUGGUACCAUGGAUGGUGCCAAUGUGGAAAUGGCAGAGGAGGCAGGAGAGGAGAACCUGUUUAUCUUUGGCAUGAGAGUGGAGGAUGUAGAAGCUCUUGACAAGAAAGGAUACAAUGCUAAGGAUUACUGUGACAAAAUUCCAGAACUUCGAGAGGCGAUCGAUCAGAUCAGAAAUGGACGCUUUUCUCCUAGAGAACCAGACUUGUUUAAGGAUAUUGUAAAUAUGCUGAUGCACAAUGACAGGUUCAAGGUGUUUGCAGACUAUGAGGACUAUAUUAAAUGCCAGGGGAAGGUGGACCAAUUAUACAUGAACCUCAGGGAAUGGACCAAGAAAGUCAUUAAAAAUAUCGCUUGCUCCGGCAAGUUCUCCAGUGACAGAACAAUUAGUGAAUACGCCACAGAAAUUUGGGGAGUGGAACCGUCAGCUGUGAAGAUUCCUCCACCGAACAUCCCCAGGGAAUAGCUCUCAGGAGAUGCAUGUGCUCACCGUUUCUGCUGGUAGUUUGGUUGGCUCAGGAUUAGUGUUUGUUCACCAGUUGUGAUCGCUUUCCCAUCAGAGCGUAGUCUUGUCAUAGGGGGAAACCAAACGGAUUGUGUUGUCCUACUCCAACGCUCAAUAUUACAUAACCUGUUAUUUAUUCCACUUUUUUGUAGAACUGACCACAUAAGUAAGUGUUGAGGUCACAAUGGAAACUACUGGCUUUACCUCCACAUAAUAGGAUCUUCUAGAGCAGGAGCCAAUCCCAACAAUAUUUCUUUCUAGCUGACGCAGUCACAGUCUCAAUAUUUGCUGCUGCGCUUCACCUUAUGCAGCAAUAAUCUAUGAACAAACCACAGCACGCCACCAAUACUAAUUCAAUGUGUCGGUACCCAUUUACACAGGAUUAUUUUACCUAGUUUAUUUGCCCUGUAUGAUCAAAUGGGAAGCACAGAGGUGACGCCUCUGCACCUACAUUUCACAUUGUUUUAUCAGUUUUAUCACAGUUUUAGUUUUUUUUUUUUUUCUACUGUUUUAGUGUAUAAGCACCUUGUGAAUUGCUGUUGAAAUCAGAUUUUUAGUCAGAGGUUUAGUUUUUAGACUAUGCUUAUUUACAAGGAUUUCUAGAGAAGAUUAUAUUUUAGGCAAUAAAAUCAGAGACUAGCCCUUGUGUUAUGAGAUGGUGCAUCCUCGGCACUAGAAUGGUCCAUAGUCUACCACUGUUGUGAUGUAAGCCACUGGGAAAAGCCCUGGCGGAGUUUUAAGUACUGUAAUAGAAGGGAUUAGCCCGCACACAAGCUUAGUUCUAGGUGUCAGACUGCAAACCCUUUCCAAUGCCACAGUGGUUCAUCAAAUGUGGUAGCCAUAUCCAUGCUCUCCACACAACAUCGUACGUGGGAGAGAAUGUGCAAGCUUUGUGUGAAGCAUUAUAUUCAUGAGUUUGUCUUUGUAAAGACGCUGUUGUUUUAGCAUUUGCGUGUGUGAUUCUAAAGUACUGUAUUUCUAACUAAAGAUUUGCACGUUAACUUCACCUUUUAUGCUUGUGGGACUCGUCCUUCAAUAAACCUAGUACCUAA